GGUGAAAAACAAGAUUUCUACCCUGGGGACCUCAGGUUCUCACCUUGGAGCUUGUUCUGUCAGCCCCAGUGGUCCAAGCAGGCCAGGUGCUGGUUGGGAUUAGUGGCUUCAUCACUGGAUCUGAGAGUCCUGUCCACAGUUCCCGUUAAGGAAGGCUCUAACAAGACAGUGGCACUGCCAUUCUCUCCCUUGUCCUUCUAAACUCCCCAGGGCACCUGCUGGCUCGAGUGUGCUAUCCUUGGGUACCUGUGGUCCCUUACACUUGAUGAACUUGAACCUCCUCUAGAAUUCUCAGGGCUCCUGUCUUCAUACGGGCCAGCGCUAUAUGAGGACUGAAGACGUUUGUGGUUUGUGUGCCUGCCAUUCUUUAAGGUUCCACUUUCUCCACCCUGAGUAAGAUUUUAGUUCCUAAGACUGGCGUGGAAGUGCUGCGCUGCCAUCCUCAUACUAUGGACAACCAAGCCUUCACUGGUAGAGUUGAGAAGACUUUGCUCAGGAUUGGGUCCCAUUAGCAGAAGCAUGAAAUUCUGCUGCAGUUUCCAUCAUAUGCCUGCUUCCCACCUGGUGGCUCUUUACUUUCCUCCUUUGUGCCAUUAUCUAGCUUGGUUCUACUCAAGAAGGGGGUUUAGAACACAGGGUGAAGGCAACUACAUUCCAAAGUUGUAGUUAAAAAAUUAACUUUUGCCUCCAUGCAUGUGAACACUCAAGUAUUGCGUAUAUGCAGUCAAACCCACCAAGGAUACAACCACUAUUCCCAGUCUGGAAUGUGGGAGUUUAUCAGACUUGAGUAGGGAAAGCAGAAGAAGAGUGUGUGUGGGUGAUGAUAACUUGGGAGUGGAAAAAAUUGAUGUCAAGGACAUUGAAAUGGCAUCUGUUUUCACCCCGGCUAAUUACAUGUGUAAUGAAUGGCUGAUGAACCAUUAUUAAUUUCAAGCAAAUCUGCAGUUUGCUCUUGGGAAAAGAGCUCUAGUGGUACAGAUAAUUGGCCUGUGACAGGCCAAUUCUGAAUCUCUGCACACUCUUUAUUCCUAUAUAAAUGAACAAAUUCUUUGUCUCCAUACUACUUAAAAUGAUCGUAGGGACAAAAAGAUGGAAGCAUUUAGGCAAAAACAAGAGGUUAUUUUAUGCAUAAACAUCCAUUCUUUGGGGUUCUCAUCCUGUGUGCCAGGGACAGAAGCAUUCUUUCUCUUCCAUCACCCAUAAUCAGUGCUCCCAGCUGGCAGCCUGGCACUGGUGCCUUUGUCGCAGUGCCAGUGCAAUAACAGUGAUCUGUGGGCGGCUGGCUCUGUAGUAGGCAUAAUUUUGUUCCAAAGAGAAACAAUCAACUGCAGAUUUCACGUAUGUCCCCCUAAGGGAACUCCCUGGCCAUGGGAGUAGAGUAUGGUGGGCUUCUUCCCAGGCAGUCCGUAGAACUUAGGAAAUCAUUUCUCCCCAGUCUUGACCUCAGGGCCACUUACCCUUACCCAGUGAUUGCACACAGACUCCCCUCUGGCCCAGUGCUUAUCACUGUUUGCAGCCAGCAGCAGCCGAGGGGGAUGGAAACACCCACUCAGCAGUCGGCCAGGCCAGGAAGUCAGCACGUGAGCACACAGUGCUGUCUGCCUUCUAGGCCAAGGUGCACAGACAGCUGGAGUGUAGGGGGCCUUUGCCCCACUCUCCACAUCAGCCUAGAAACUAGAGUUCCCCUUCGUAGUUAAACAGAUUGCUGUGGGCGAUGCAGAGCCCCGAACUGCGCCGUGUGUCCCUUCCAUCUUCCGUCCGCCCAGAAGCACACACCCCACUUGCUCUUGAUCACAGCAUCUGAGACCACAAAGCUCUACAGAGGUCACAACUGCCCCAGGUCCUGCCUCCCUUCCCCUUUCUGGCUUCUGCAAACUAGCCACUAACCUGAAGGAGCCCCUAGUGUGGGGUUAGCCUGGAAACCCAAGAAAGACGUGAAGGAAGCUCAAUACCUCUCAAGAACAGUGAACACUUGGGCUGCCUUCUUUUCUCUCCUAUCCUCCUCCUCCUCAAGCCCAGAGUCUGCACAAGACUUGUGGGCCACUUGGCAUCAGAGCCUACAACUUUGGCCUUUCCUACCCCCCUUCCUGGGAAACAUUCAGGUGAGGAGAGGCCCACUGGUGUGCUUUGUUUCUUGGGCCCAUGGGUUCUUCUUAUCCUUGGGCUGGGUUGCCCCCAGAGCAGGCCCUUACCUCUUAUGUGCUCUUAUUUAAAGGGGCCACACCCACCCACCUCACUCGCCCACAGCCCUGCAGUGGGGCUAGCGUGGGGCAACACGUGACCCGUCACCGCCAGAGGAUGAACCCGUAGAGCAGCUUUCUGGAUCCUGGGGGGACAAGUGGGGCGGUUCCUACCUUGGAAAAGAAGGCAUGCCUGUAUCUGCUGCUGGGACUGAAUACAAUUUAUUCCAGUGCUAGGGGACGGGAGUCGGGGGGACCGGGCACUCGCUCCUUUUCUGGGCCUGGUCUUGGCAGACCUUAAAAUGAGACCAUUGCGGGGAGGGAGGGGGUGAGGACCUGGGCUGGGGCCGAGGGAAGCAGCGUGCCAGCACCGUCAGCGGGCAAACCUAAGAGGAAAAGCGGGCCUGGUCUCGGCCCCAUUCCUGUUCUCCACCUGUCUCUACCCUUUUCUUCCCUUUCCCUGACCCUGCCAGACUCUGUCUCCCUGGGUGCCCGCCUCCCCUCCCCUGGAGGGCGGGGCUUGGCUGCACCCACGUGUGUUGGAGUUCUAUGCUCCCAGCCGGCAGAGGAGCUGGGGACAGUGGCACCCAGCUGGUGGCUCAGGCAGCGAAGCGGCACCAUGGCCGGCAAGAAAGUCUGCAUUGUAGGCUCUGGUAACUGGGGCUCGGCCAUCGCCAAGAUUGUGGGUGGCAAUGCAGCUCAGCUGGCACGCUUUGACCCACGGGUGACCAUGUGGGUGUUUGAGGAAGACGUCGGGGGCAAAAAGCUGACAGAGGUCAUCAACACGCAGCAUGAGAAUGUCAAAUACCUGCCAGGGCACAAGUUGCCCCCCAAUGUGGUGGCUGUCCCAGAUGUGGUCCAGGCUGCAGUGGAUGCUGACAUCCUGAUCUUCGUGGUACCCCAUCAGUUCAUCGGCAAGAUCUGUGAUCAGCUCAAGGGCCACCUGAAGGCAGACGCCAUUGGCAUAUCUCUUAUUAAGGGGGUAGACGAGGGCCCCAACGGGCUGAAGCUCAUCUCUGAAGUGAUUGGGGAGCACCUUGGCAUCCCCAUGAGCGUGCUGAUGGGGGCCAACAUUGCCAGCGAGGUGGCUGAUGAGAAGUUCUGUGAGACAACCAUUGGCUGCAAGGACCUGGCCCAGGGACAGCUUCUGAAAGAGCUGAUGCAGACACCCAAUUUCCGCAUCACGGUGGUGCAAGAGGUGGACACAGUAGAGAUCUGUGGGGCCUUAAAGAAUAUAGUGGCCGUGGGGGCUGGCUUCUGUGAUGGGCUGGGCUUUGGUGACAACACCAAGGCGGCCGUGAUCCGACUGGGGCUCAUGGAGAUGAUCGCCUUCACCAAGCUCUUCUGCAGUGGCCCUGUGUCCUCUGCCACCUUCUUGGAGAGCUGCGGUGUUGCUGAUCUCAUCACUACCUGCUACGGAGGGCGGAACCGCAAGGUGGCCGAGGCCUUCGUCCGCACAGGAAAGUCCAUUGAGCAGCUGGAAAAAGAGAUGCUGAAUGGGCAGAAGCUGCAGGGGCCCCAGACAGCCCGGGAGCUACACAGCAUCCUCCAGCACAAGGGCCUGCUGGACAAGUUCCCUCUGUUCAUGGCUGUGUACAAGGUAUGCUACGAGAACCAGCCAGUAGGUGAAUUCAUCCGCUGCCUGCAGAAUCAUCCAGAACAUAUGUGAGCAGGGCUGGGGCCCAAGCCAGGCAGCCUCUUUACCCCAGCAGAGACAGGCAGAAGCUUGGGGUGCCUGGCCACCACGAUCUCUGGGACUCCCCACACAGCAGCGUCUUCUCAGCUUUUCACUGGAGGACAGACAGGUGCCUGUGGGCCUGGCCACCUGCCUGGAGAUCCUGAAGCACAAGCAGCCCACAGCCUCCUGCCACCUCAUCGCACCAGAAAUGGAGUUGCCUAGUCCCUCUCCAUAUGUGGGGCUUUCUCCCUGUCCUCUGGGAGGGGUAGAAUCAGCCCCAGUGCUGCCUGCUUUGGGUAUGUGGGGGGAGGAGGGGAGGGGAGGGAGGCAAGGCAAGGGCUGCUUACUGCUGCCUCACACAGACCAGGACUCCUGUCCCCAAGCCCAGUUAAUGGCUAAAGAAGUACCUCAGCUGCAAGAGGGAUGAGGCAAGGGCUGCAGGGAGGGGUCUGGGCUUUUGGGCUGACAUAGACCUCUGCCAGCCCCACAUGGCAUCAAUGGAUCUCUGUUUGUUCGCAAAAUAC